CCGUUCGCUCAGCUCGUGCUCCCCUCUGAUUGUACUCUCAAGGCGGUCUCGGGCUUCAUCCGUCGUAACCCACAAUGGCAGACAAAUCCCCAUAUUCCCUCGAGUACCCCACCAUCGACCCUCACCACUUCGACCUCAUCGUGUACGGCAGCGGUCUCCCUGAAUCCGUCAUCGCCGCCGCCGCUUCUGCCGCCGGGAAACUCGUCCUCCACCUCGAUCCCAACUCCUUUUACGGUUCCCACUUCGCCUCUCUCCCCCUUCCCUCCUUCUCCUCCUUCCUCCAAUUCACACCUCCCCUCCCUUCUGAACCUUCAGCCGAUGGAUUCGUUUCCUCUUCCCCUUACCACUUCGUCGACUUGGAAAGUCGUUGCGUGUACUCGGAGGUCGAGAUCGCCGACUUGCCGAUGCCGGAGCCUUCGAAAAGCUUCAUUGUGGAUUUACCCGGGCCUAGGGUUUUCUACUGCGCGGACAGGGCGGUUGAUCUGAUGUUGCGGUCGGGUGCCAGCCAUCAUGUUGAGUUUAAGAGCGUGGAAGGGAGUUUGAUAUAUUGGGACGGGCAACUAUGCUCUGUGCCGGACUCGAGGCAGGCCAUCUUCCGUGAUCAGAACCUUUCCCGAGCGGAGAAGAGCCAGAUGAUGAGGUUUUUAAAGCUGGUGCAGGGCCACAUCGAAUCGGAGUCUGAGGAAGCUUUUGCGAUAUCACCGGAAGACUUGGAGAUACCAUUUGCAGAUUUCCUCGACAAGCAGAAGCUUCCCCCCAAGAUAAGAACGAUUAUAUUGUAUUCCAUUGCAUUGGCUACUUUUGACCAAGAUGAUGGAGGUGAUUAUAGACAUAUAGUCAAGACCAAGGAAGGAAUAGAGAGGAUUGCUCUUUAUAUUUCAUCACUUGGGAGGUUAACCAAUUCGGUUGGGGCAUUUAUCUAUCCCAUUUAUGGCCAUGGGGAAAUUCCUCAAGCAUUUUGUCGAUGUGCUGCUGUCAAAGGGACUCUGUAUGUGUUGCGUAUGCCCGUGAAAUCUCUUCUUUUUGAAAAGGUAAGCAAUCAAUAUAAAGGUGUUAGAUUAGCUUCUGGUCAGGAGAUUUUUAGUCAUCAAUUUGUUAUGGAUCCAUCGUUUACAGUUUCAUCGUCAUUCUUACCCUUAAUCGAUCAUAAAGUUUUGGAUGGGUCAAACCUAGCUAGCAAGGUUGCUAAAGGAUUAAUCAUAACAAGUAGCGCCAUUCAGCAUGAUUCUUCUAACAUUCUCGUUAUCUUCCCCCCUAGAUCUUUGUUCUCUCAGCAGUCAACAACCGUGCGAGUUCUUCAAUUAUGCAGCAAUGUGGCAAUAUGCCCUUCUGGAAUGUUUUUGGUUUAUCUUUCAACUCCCUGUGAUGAUGCUAGUCUUGGAAAAGAAUGUAUACAUGCUGCCAUCAAAACACUUUUCACUGUUCCUGACUCGAAUGGUUUUGACGGAAUAGCUGUAAAUAAUGAAAAUGUUGGAGCAUCCAAGCCAGCUGUAUUAUGGAGCGCCAUAUAUAUUCAAGAGUUAACACAGGCCUCAUCUGGUGCUUUAUAUUCAAGCCCUAUGCCCGAUGAAAAUCUUGAUUACAGGAAUACGUUGGAAUCAACAAUAAAGGUUUACAAUGACCUUGCUGCAAUUUCAAUGAGUAUGUCACAGAAUUCUUUGGCUUGUGAUUUGAAAUGACACCACCUCAAUGCUCCCUCUUUUAGUGGUGAGAAGGAGAGUGCUCCUACGACAGUCAUGAGAGGUGAGAAUGCUAACAAACCGAGGCCCUUGUGAAGGCUUGAAGAGGUUAUCAUGAAUUUUGCUCCUUUUUUUGCUCAUUAGUGAUGGCCUUGAUGGUCUCCCCAACGUAGAGGUGGCACUAGAGUCUACUGAAGGGGUUGAGUUGUCAAAUGUAGUAAGGAAUAUACCAAUUCAAAUAGUGGCUAGUGGAGGUCAUCUUUGGUGGUUCAACAAGACAUGCUGUUGGCAGCGGGAUGCGACUUCCUGAGUCAACCUUCUCUCUUAAAGGCCAAGGUGGAGUUGUGGCAGAGAGAGGUGCUUGAGAGGGUAAGCGUUCUAAAGAGUUAGACAAGUCUUGAGGACAAGGCCAUUUAUUUUCAGUCGGAGGGCUUUAGAGGCUCUGAGGUCUAAUCAAAUUCUGG